AUGCCACUUGCUAUUAUUAGUUAUGGAGGGUCACAUUUUUUCAUUUAUCUAUUCAAGAGUCUACUUACAAAAUAUGGAGUGAAUUGCAAGGUGGCAAAACCUUAUCAUCUACUGACUAGUGGACAAGUUGAAGUCUCCAAUACAGAAUUGAAGUCCAUAUUAGCGAAUGAUAAUCAGACUGAUUGGGCAAAAAGUUUAGAUGAUGCAUUAUGGGCUUACCGUACAACUUACAAAACACUCAUAAGUGCCUCACCCUAUCAGGUUUUGGAUGGCAAAGCUUACCAUUUACCAAUUGAGCUUGAGCUUAGGGAACUAUGGGCAUUGAAGAAGCUGAAUUUAGAGUGGAAGGAUUCAGGUAAGUCAAGGUUGUAUAACGUCAAUGAGUUGAAUGAAUUCCGACACCGGGUAUAUGAAAGUUCUGCAAUAUACAAAGAGAAAAUUAAGUUGUAUCAGGAUCAGAAGAUCGAGAAGAGGGUAUUUGAGAAAGGUAGAAGUACUACUAUAUUACUCCGAGCUUCACUUGUUUGCUGGAAAACUGAGGUCUAG